AUGAUUGUCAUAAAAUUUAUUCAUGGUCAAAUAUUUUCUAGAUUUGGUUGUCCCAAAGCUAUUAUCAGUGAUGGAGUAACUCAUUUUACACACUGCCAAUUUAGAGAAUUAUUAAGAAAAAAUGGUGUGAAGCAUAGAAUUGCAACUCCUUACCAUCCACAAACUAAUGGACAAGUUGAAGUAGCAAAUAGAGAAAUAAAAAGAAUCUUAAAGAAAAUUGUGAGACUGAAUGGGAAAGAUUGGUUCACAAAAUUAGAUGAUGCUUCGUGGGCUUAUCGAACCACUUUUAAAACACCUUUGGGAAUGUCUCCAUUUAGGUUAAUCUAUGGAAAACUAUGUCAUCUUCCCAUAGAGAUUGAAUAUAGAGCAUUAUGA